CUUAACAUAACCUAACUUCUUCUCUAUCUUGUAUUAUUCUCUAGGGCCCCCUUUUGGGACAUGAAAAGUUCAAUUAAAUCAAUUUUAUAUGGCUAUACAUCUUAAGAACGUUAAACUGCAGGCUCUGUUCGGCUUGGGAGCGCACAAUUUACAAACAUGCUGCGGUCACAGGAGCUUAAGCCAUCUAUCAAUUCCUAAGGCAAGGCACCGUCCUUUACAACAUAUUGAUCACUAUAGGACAAUCCAUUUAAGUGUCGUUAAUUUUAAGAAGCGAAGAAGUGCUGAAGAAAAGAAAAGCCCUAGAAGUCUCGAUAUACAAAAGAAAUCAAAAGGAGAGCUCGUAGAUGUAUGGCAAGGCAUCACCCUGACCGAACUAGCCCAUGUCUUACAAAAAGACAUCCGAUAUGUAAAAGAUAUCUUUUUAAAUGAAAUUAACGAUCCGAACACUGCCAUAUAUGACUUAAAGUACCUGCACAAUGGCAUCAGACGUGCCGGCAAACGGAUGAAAAUAGUAGCUAGACCGAGUAAUGAGGAAGAAAAGGAGAAAACUGUGGACCUGAGACCGCGACCUCCGCCUUCAAAAGACCAACUGAAACCCCGACCGCCGGUCGUAACUGUUAUGGGGCACGUGGACCACGGGAAAACCACCCUGUUAGAUGCCCUAAGACAUUCUAGUGUUGUCGAGCAAGAAUUUGGGGGAAUCACGCAGCAUAUUGGGGCUUUUUUGGUUACACUACCCUCGGGGGCUAAAAUUACUUUUCUAGAUACACCGGGACACGCGGCAUUUAGUUCGAUGAGGGCCCGGGGGGCCAAUUUGACCGAUAUCGUGGUGUUGGUGGUCGCUGCUGACGAUGGGGUGAUGGAACAAACCGUUGAGUCUGUUAGAAUGGCUAGAAAUGCGAACGUACCAAUCCUGGUGGCGAUCAAUAAGAUCGACGCCCCGAAAGCGGACGUGCCUCGCACCGAACGCACGUUAAUAGAAAUCGGGAUCCAGGUGGAAAACCAGGGCGGCGAGGUGCAGUCGGUGCCGAUUUCCGCCCUAAAACGGCAAAACCUGAACCAACUGACGGAGGCGUUAAUUUUACAGGCGGAUUUACUGGAAUUGGGCGGAGAUCCCGGGGGACCGGUCGAGGCCGUUAUCGUGGAGAGCAACGUGCAUCCCCACCGAGGGAAAUUGAGCACGGUGGUGGUACAAAGAGGCACUUUGAAAAGGGGGGACGUUUUAGUGGCCGGCACCGCAAUGGGUAAAGUGAGAACGAUAAAAGACGCCGACGGGCGAGAGAUGGACGCGGUACCGCCCGGAUAUCCGGCCGAAAUUGACGGGUGGAAAGAGUUGCCCGGUGCUGGGGAGAUCGUACUCGAAGCCGAGAGUGAACGGGUGGCCCGGCAAGUUAUCAAACUCAGAGAGGAAGAACAAGAACUGAAACGACUAGAACAAGACCUGAAAGUCAUCGAGCAAAAACAAGAGGCCCACAACCAGGUCUACAAGGAAAAACUGAAACGGAAAAGGCUAAUGGGGUGGUACCGAUUGAAACCGGAGGGGCCCAGACAGCCGGAAAUUCAAGAAGUUAACGGUCCUCCCGCGUUUAAUAUAAUCGUGAAAGCGGACGUGGACGGAACGUUAGAAGCGAUUUUAGAGACCCUGGACACGUACGAGUCGGACGAGUGUCGUCUGGAUAUCGUCCAUUACGGUGUCGGUCCGAUAACCCGGAACGAUAUCGAAAUGGCGGCGGCGUUUAAUGCUGUUAUUUACGCUUUUAAUGUCGCGGUACCCGGCGCUCUGAAGAAUGUGCUGCUGGAGGAAAACGUUACCGUUAAGCCGCAUAACGUUAUUUACAAGCUGAUCGAGGAUUUUAAGGAGGAGAUUAACAGUCGACUCCCUCCGAAAGAAAUCGAAGAAACCUUAGGCGAAGCGGAAGUACUGCAACAAUUCGAAAUUGGCAAAGGGCGUAAACUCGUGCCGGUGGCGGGGUGCCGUUGUACAAAGGGCAUCCUACAAAGGGACGCUCUUUUCAAGGUCAUACGUAACGGCGAAAUUAUUCACACAGGUCCCUUGUCCUCGAUGAGACACUUGAAAAGCGAAACGAACGUGAUAAAAGCGGACACGGAAUGCGGACUGCAACUGGAAGACCACGAGGUGCAGUUCGAAAAGGGCGAUAAAAUCGUGUGUUUUGUGAAGAAGGUGGUGAAACAAGUCACCGAUUGGGAUCCUGGAUUCUAAAGUUGUUAAGGCUUAAUUCGUUAAUAAAAUGUUGGAUUUUUUUUUUAGGUUUUAGCCCCCCCACAAGGUAAAAUAAAGACUCCUCUUACCAGUCAA